UGGUCAUGACGUAGUUCCGGAUUCUACAGAAAUAAAAUAAAAUCAAAAAUGUAUCGACGUUGCCGCUGAAGUGCCUAGAAAGAUGAAAUUAUAGAUGAGGUGUGGUCACGCCAUGUCACGCUAUGCCACCAGAUCUGUCUUCAGAUGUUCAUUUCUUGGCAUGGACUUGCAUCGAUGACAUGAUUUGAAAUCAAAGAAAAAGUUAAUUUAGUAUUAUUAUUUUAAUAACUAGGUACAUAAAGAUAGAAAUACAAUUUUGUUUCCGAACGUGUAGACUAAAUAACUUUUGUAUCCUGAAGGAUUGAGUUUCAGAUCUUAAAUGAAUCGUGUUGUUUUAGUUUCAGAUAUUGACAUCACGAUGUUUCAUGGACCUUUCCUUGUAUUGCUCUAUGUUCUGUCUGCGUGUAACGGAGUUCAAGAUAUCACACCAACUACACUCUUUAGCUCUGACCAAACUGUCACAGAUCUAAAAUCCACACUUCUGCCUUCAACAAACAAUGUCAGAACAAAAUUUUAUGCGUGGACCAAAGAUGAAGCUCUAGUUCCUCUCAAUGGAAGAGCAUUACAAGAUCACGUGAUACUGAGCUACUCAGGUAAACAAAAUGUUGGCCAAUGUGCUUUGGAAUGUUUGAAAGUUGGCACUUGUGAAUCCUUCAACUAUGAGCAUACGACUGGGUUGUGUGAGUUAAACAAUUCUUCUCAUGUCGGUCACGAAGAUGACCUCAUCGCAUACUCCAGUAAAGACUUCUAUCUUAGAAAUACAUUUUCUAUUGACAAGGAAGCUCUGGGCGUGUGUUCCGGCAACCCUUGCAGUUCUCGGGGCCGCUGUCUUGAGAUCAGAAACAGUGCUGGUACUCUAAGCCCAUUAUGCCAAUGUAACCCUGGAUGGCAAGGUCGAAGCUGUAGUGACCAAGCUCUUGGACCUCAGUGGUCAGUCUGGUCAGAGUGGUCAGUUUGUUCUGUGACGUGUUCCAGUGGAUGGCAAAAAAGACAACGCUACUGCAGGGAUGAGUCUACCCAGCAAUCCGCCAAUCUCAGUCUGUGUGCCGGUGGACCAAUACAAUACAGGACAUGCUUACUACAAGAGUGUCCACGAUGGACUACAUGGGGCGCCUGGGGAGAAUGCUCCACUUCAACUACAUGUGGUGAAGGGAUACAAACAAAACGUCGAUCCUGCUCUAACGGAGGAACUAUUGGUGUCGACAGAUUUUGUUUGGGUCUGGAUACACAAACUACACCGUGUCUAAGUGUCGAAUGUUUUGGACCAUUAAGGCUUGCUAACGGAAGUGGUCCCAGUGAAGGUCGUAUAGAGCUCUACGACAACAUCAACAAAAACUGGACUCUGAUCUGCGCCAAUCAGAUGACAGAAUUUGUGGCUUUCUUAGCGUGUAGGCAAGCAGGCUGGCCAGGAGCGUAUACAGCAAUCAAAGAUGGUCGCUAUGGUAAUGGAAAUGGAAAUUUAUGUUUAAAAAGUCUACAGUGUAAAGGCACCGAAAAAAGUCUGGCAUCAUGUACCCACAAUGUAUGGACAACUAAUGCUAAAUGUAGUGAUGGUACUUCAAUACCAGGAGCUGUACAGUGUAACGUAAACGGCGUUUGGUCACUUUGGUCAGCGUGGAGUGAUUGCAGUGUCACCUGUGAAAAUGGCACCAGGACCAGAAUUCGAAAAUGUGACCAGCCCAAAACUAUGUACAAUGGUAUUCCUUGCCAGGGAGCAAGUACUGAACAGAAGUCAUGCUCAUUAAGUCUCUGUCCAGUCGAUGGACUGUGGACUAGCUGGGAGACUUGGUCUAGCUGUUCAGAACAAUGUGGCAAUGGGACGCAGUCUAGACUCAGAGAAUGCAUUGGACCUUUCCAAGGUGGGCACAAUUGUUCUGGAAAUUCGAAAGAGAUUAAAAUAUGCAAGGAUAAAGAAUGUCCAAUUGAUGGUCAGUGGAAUGACUGGAGCUCGUGGUUAGAGUGUUCUCAAACUUGUGGGGUUGGUAAACGCUCCAGGUCACGUGUUUGUAGUGGUCCUUAUUUUGAUGGUCAACCAUGUAUAGGAACCUCAAUUGAUGUCACAGAUUGCCUACUUCAAAAUUGUCCUGUUGAUGGAGAGUGGCUUCAGUGGGAUGCUUGGACUCAAUGCACAGUUUCAUGUGGAGGUGGACAUCAGAGCAGACAGCGACAGUGUCAGCAGCCAUUGUUUGGUGGUUUACAUUGCCUAGGACCAGGAAAUGAGUCUCAGUCUUGUAGUCAACAGAAUUGUCCAAUUGAUGGCUAUUGGAACCCAUGGUCAGUUUGGUCUGCCUGCUCUGCAACUUGUGGUAUAGGGGGACAAAUCAGAAAUAGAACUUGCCAGGGUCCUUAUUAUGGAGGUGCUAAUUGCACUGGAAAUCAAACUGAAGCACAAAAUUGUUCUUUACAAAACUGUCCAGUGGAUGGUCAGUGGCUGGAGUGGCAGAGUUGGUCAGUAUGUUCUGCCUCAUGUGGGGGUGGUAAAAAAGUCCGUAAACGUGUUUGCUAUUUUGGACUCUAUGGCGGCAGCAAUUGUACAGGAGCUUCUAUUGAUGAAUUAAUUUGUAAUGAAAACCUAUGCCCAGUAAAUGGACAGUGGUUGCCCUGGUCAUCAUGGGGACAGUGCUCUCUGUCCUGUGGUAAUGGUUCUCAGUCACGUGUCAGACAAUGCAACGGCCCUUUCAAUGGAGGAGCUAAUUGUUCUGGCAUUUCUCAAGAGUCUCAAAGCUGCAAUAAUCAAAGCUGUGCAGGUAGGUUACAGAAAAGGAUCAAAAACUAUCAAGUGGAUGGUGUAUGGGAAAUGUGGUCAAAAUGGAGUCAGUGUAGUGUAACUUGUGGUGGUGGACUUCAGCAAAGGUCUAGGAAUUGUACUGGACCUUUCUAUGGAGGAAAAGUAUGUGAUGGAAUUGCAAAUGACUUGCAAAAUUGUAACAAUCAAAAUUGUCCAGAAGAUGGAGUACUAAGUCCAUGGUCUACCUGGGGGGACUGCAGUCAGACAUGUGGGGGUGGGGUUAAGGAAAGACAUCGAAUAUGUAUUGGCCCAUUUUAUGGUGGGCGGUAUUGUGAAGGUGUUUUAGUAGACAAUAUCACAUGCAAUAGUCAAGAUUGUCCUGUUGAUGGUAUACUGACAAGCUGGACUAGUUGGUCUCAGUGCUCAGCUACUUGUAUGGGUACUCAGUCUAGGAACAGAACAUGUGUUGGACCGUUUUAUGGUGGUAAAGAUUGUCAAAGUCUUCUGUUCGAAAGUCAACCAUGCAAUAACGUUUCUUGUGCAGUGGAUGGUACAUGGACAGUCUGGUCAGAAUGGAGUCCUUGCAGUUUGUCUUGUGGUGGUGGAUCUAGAACUAGAUCACGAAAGUGUGUUGGAAUACUGAAUGGUGGGAAAAACUGUGAUGGGAAUUCUGAGGAAAGACAACUGUGUAACUUUGAAGGCUGCCCUGUUGAUGGUUUCUUUGGUCAAUGGUCCUCUUGGGGACUUUGUAGUUUGACAUGUGGUUCAGGAAUACAGCUUAGAAAUCGAACAUGCAUUGGACCAUUUAAUGGUGGAAAAAAUUGUUCAGGAAAUUUUGAGGACUCUCAGACUUGUAACCAGCAAAGCUGUCCUAAAGCAAAGUCACUAGUAAAAUUUGUGGUUUGUUUUCUUAUUUUAGUUGAUGGUUAUUAUCUACAAUGGUCUGAAUGGGGAUUUUGUUCUGCUACAUGUGGUGGCGGAGUCCAGUAUCGUAACAGAACAUGUGUUCAGCCUUUAUAUGGUGGACAAAAUUGUCAAGGAGUUAAUAGUGAAUCACAGGCCUGUAGCACUAACCCAUGUCCAGUUGAUGGCUACUACAGUGAAUGGGGUGUCUGGAGUCAGUGCAGUGUGUCAUGUGGAGGAGGAAGUUAUUGGAGAACUAGGUCAUGUGUGCCACCAAAAAAUGGUGGCUUGGACUGUAUAGGACCAGCAAAUGUAACUGAUAACUGUAAUACUCAACCAUGUCCAAUUGAUGGUGUUUGGUUGAGUUGGUCUGUCUGGUCAGCAUGUAGCACUACAUGUGGGGGUGGCAAGCAAACAAGAACAAGAUUGUGUGAAGAACCAAAAUAUGGUGGAAAACUUUGCGAAGGUCCAAAGGCUGAGUAUUUGAAUUGUAGUGACAAUCCUUGCCCAAUCCCUGGUCUGUGGCUACCUUGGUCUCCCUGGACUCCAUGUUCAGCUACCUGUGGUGGAGGGACUCAUGUCAGAGACAGACUCUGCAACACCACCUCUUUUGGCAACCUUACAGACCCAUGUCCAGGAAGCAGUAAAGAGAAUGCUUCUUGUCACACAUUUAAUUGUUUACCUUUAGCCAGAACCUGUACAGAGUUAGGUCAACGAGGCUUAGUUGAAAACACCAUGGCAGAUAUAGAUCCUGAUGGACCAACCCUGUAUUCUUUGGAGCCUGUGUCUGUAUAUUGUGACAUGGUUUCUAACAAUGGCACUGGAGUUACUGUCUUAGGUCACAAUCAGGAGGCCAAAACGGAAGUUCAGGGCUGGGAAGGUGCACGAGAAUAUCAGGCAGAUUUAAUCUAUAAUGUCAGCUUUGACCAUGCUAUUUCUAUUGUGGACCAGUCCAGCAACUGUGAGCAGUACAUCCGCUGGGAGUGUUUUGCUGCAUUAAUUCAUAACUACAAUGACAACAAUAAAAUAACAACUGGAUGGCUUAAUAGAACUAAAGGUGUAGCAGACUACUUUGGAGAUGCUCCACCAGGUUCUAACAAUUGCACUUGUGGUACUAAAAAUGCAUGUGCUGAUAAAUCUUUUGGUUGUAACUGUGACUCAAAUGAUCAUGUCUGGCGAGUUGAUGAUGGCUACUUGACCUAUAAAGAUGACCUUCCUGUGUAUGCUUUUGUGGCAGGUGAUACAGGUGGCCAGGAUGAAGAUGGUUUCAGUCAAGUUGGGCCACUUCGUUGCUAUGGAACAGCAAAAGUUGAAAUGAAUCUUAAACCAUAAAGAAUUUUUAUAUACUUAAAAAAUAAACAUAGCAUAACAUGCCAACUGUUUCAUUUCCAUUUUUAUUAACACUAUUUGUAAAAACAACUAUUGUUUUAGAGAUGAAUCGAGUUGGCAUCAAUUCAAGCAUGUUUGUUUUUUAAUUAAAUCUUUCUUUUUUUGUCUUUUUAAAAAUGUUCCAUUGAUUUCUUUUUAAUAUCUUCAGCAUAAAAUGUUUACAAAUAUAUCAACAUGAAAUUGUCACCUUAAUUUUUACAAAAACUAUCAUAGUGUAUUACAAAAGAAUUAAUCUCUGAAAGAUUAAUUUGAAACAAUUUUAAAAAAUUCAUUGACAUUUAUUUAAUGCACCUAAAACUGUGAGAAAUAUUUAGGAUUAAUAAAAAAAAAACCUCAACUUUCAGGUCAUUAAUGAAAGUAUUAAAAUCUGAUUAUUAUUUUUUUUAUUUUGAAAGAGACAUUUUUAGCAAAUAAAUUGUGACUCCACAAUCAUCAAUGAAAAAAGGUUUGCAAACAUGAAGAGAUUGGCUAAUAUGUUGACCCUAUUCUCUGCAGGUGGAUCUGAUGAAGAAGGCUUUAGUACAGUGGGGCCAUUACGAUGUUGGGGCUCUAUCCAGAAAAGUCCUUGAUCUACUUACUAAUCCUUGCAUUUAUAUAGAACAAUGCCAGGAUGGAGGAAAGCCUUGUUCUAUGUAAUGAUUUGUUGAUUUGAGAUGAUCAAAGACUAUGCAAGGGAUUUUCUGGAAGUCACAAUGUUGUCACUUUAUUUACUUCACUUUGAACACAAACUGACAAUCACUUUACUUAUCACAUUUAGUGAAUGUUGUUUCACAUCAGGAACAUUUUAUUUAUUGAACUCUUUUAUAUAAGACAUGAAACUCGAAACUUGCUUUUCAUUAUUUGAAUUUCUUUUUCUGUCUUGUAUAUGAUUCAAAUACAUUUUAUAUAGGCGUAAAAUGUUACUAGCAGAUAAAAAAAAUAUCAAAAGAUAAUAUAGAGAAUAUUUUACAUAUUGCUUUAGAUUUAUGAAAGUCACUCUAUGACACAAUAAUUACAAAUGCUUAUGUACGUUUUCGGUAAUUACUCGUAAUAGAGUUUGCAUUGCUUUAAAAUUUAAACUAAUUUUAGCUAAUUUAUCAAAGCACUUUGUUUUAUCCCUUGAUAUCUGUAACUCUCAUGCAAACAGAAGACAGUUUACUGUUUGAUUCUUAAGUUAGAGCGGAGAUUUUUUGGAGAGAGCUAAGGGAAACACUUUAGAAAAAUUGUGAAAUAUAGGUCGAUGAAAUCACAUCUGCCAUCUCUAUGUCAGUGAUUUGUUUUCCUUGCUUGCUGACCACUUCCUGUGAUAUCAUCGUCUAUCUGGAUGUGGAAUGCGCUUUAUACUCUCGCCAGGAAGGUCUCAAUAUCAAAACGUGACCUCCUUCACCUGCCGUCUCGCUUCAAGGACUCUGUAUGACAACAUUUUUACAAUUCAAAUCUGAAGAAACUUUGAAAACUUAAAUCAACGUUCCUUACACUUGAAUCUGGAGAUCUACAAGUCAGUAUUCAAGUUUUGUUUCCGUAUAGGGCUCCCUGAGUUUACUCUCGCUAUAGAAAAAACCUCGAUUUUUGUUUUCUAAAUUCUUCAGUUUUAAUUAAUGAACGUUUUCACCGGAUGGCAUAUUUAAUUUGAGAAAUUAAUCGUGACCUUUUCAAUCACUCAAAUUACUCAUGUCAUCGCUAGUAAUUCAGAUCACAUUUAAUUCAGAUCACGUUUAUGAUUUGGCACAAAUAAAGUUGGAUACCAAAAUAAAAAUUGAAUUUUUCUUUUGUUUUGUGCAUGAAAAUA